AUGGUGAGAAACAUGGAUGACUUUGACUUCUGCCUGCCUUCGCAUGCUCAGGGCAUGCUGGAGGGGCUGCAGCAGCUGCGCACCACCCCCAAACUGGCAGACGUGACACUGGUGGCAGGCGGGCGGGAGUUCCCUUGCCACCGCAGCGUCCUGGCCCUCUGCAGCCACUACUUCUACGCCAUGUUCUCCGGCGACUUCGCCGAGAGCAUUGCAGCACAGGUGGAGCUGAAGGAGGUGGACCCCGGUGCUCUGGAGAUGCUGCUCGACUUUGCCUACACAGGGAAGGUCACCAUCAACCAGGACAACGUGGAGGGGUUGAUGCGGACCUCCAGCCAGCUGCACUUCCCCACUAUCCAGAAGGUCUGCAGCCGCUACCUCCGGCAGCAGAUGGACGCCACCAACUGCUUAGGUAUCUGCGAGUUCGGUGAGAGCCACGGCUGCCCUGAGGUCUCCUCCAAGGCCUGGUCUUUCUUGCAGGAGAACUUUGAAGCUGUCUCUCUGCAAGAGGAGUUCCUCCAGCUCUCCAAGGAGAGGUUGACUGUCUACCUCUCCAAGGACCAGCUGCAGGUGCAGGAGGAGCAGAGCCUCGCUGAGGCUGUGCUGCGCUGGGUACGCCACGACCCAGGGUCCCGAGCCCAGUUCCUGCCUGAGCUGCUGGAGCUGGCCCACCUCGUCUUGCUGCCUGACCAGUACCUGCAGAACCUGCUUACCACUGAGCCCCUCAUCCGUGACUCAGAUGCCAGCAAGGCCCUCGUCACACGAUCCCGCACCGCGGGGCAGAGUGAUGCCAGUGUGCAGAACUGCCUGACCACACUGCAGAAGCUGGAGGAGGUACUGGUGGUGGUCGGAGGCCGUGUGCUGGAAGAGGGCGAGGAUGAGGACAGGGGGCUGGAGAUGCCGGCCACCCCCAGGAACUUUGCCUUCUACAGCCCCAAAAGUAGUGGCUCUCGGGGGUCUCAGAACGAUACGUGGUCGACAACCCAGGCUUGGUGCUUCUGCCCGAGGGACGGUGCCUGGAAGCCCAUCGCUUCCAUGCUGAAAGCCCGGACAAACCACACCAGCGCUGUCCUCAAUGGCGAGAUCUAUGUCAUUGGGGGGACGACGGUGGACGUGGUGGAGGUGGAGCGCUAUGACCCCUAUAACAAAAGCUGGUGUGCCAUCAGCCCAGCCCUCAAGUACGUGAGCAAUUUUGCAGCCUCCAGCUGCUUGGGCAAGCUCUACCUGGUGGGCUCCUGCGCCGUCAAGUAUAAUGCACUCACCCUGCAGUGCUACAACCCUGUCCAAGAUUUGUGGAGUGUGAUCACAUCCCCCUUCAUCCCCAAAUACCUCUCGGCCCCACGCUGUGCCACCCUGCGCGGGCUCAUCUACCUUAUCGGGGACAACACCAAGAAAGUCCACAUGUAUGACCCAGAGGCCAACAUCUGGCAGAAGGUGCAGCUCCUCCACACACUCCAUGAGAAUGGUGGGAUGGUGGCAUUGGGCGACCGGCUCUUCGUCACCGGCGGCCACUGGAAGGGCAUGAACGGGGACUAUCGGGUGGAAAUGGAGGUGUACGACUGUGCCAAGGACCUAUGGACUCGGGAGGGCUCCCUGCCCUGCCUGUGGCUCUUCCACAGCUCCUCCUCCAUCUUCAUGGACACCUCGAAGUGGACAGAGGCUUUCCAGAGUGACCAUAGAUAG